GAGGAGAGGAGCAGCUUCUGGUACUCAUCAGGUCAGCUGAGGGGUUCGCUGUUACCAAGUGCUUUGUGCUGCGACCGAGACGGGACGAAGAUGGCACCAACCAAGAAGGGCGUCCUGGAGCGUCUGAAUGCCGGAGACAUUGUCAUCGGCGAUGGAGGUUUUGUGUUUGCUCUGGAGAAACGGGGCUACGUCAAAGCUGGGCCUUGGACUCCCGAGGCUACUGUCACUCACCCCGAAGCUGUGCGACAGCUGCACAGGGAGUUCCUCAGGGCAGGAGCCAACGUCAUGCAGGCCUUCACCUUCUACGCCAGCGAUGACAAACUGGAGAACAGGGGUCAGGCACUGAAAAUCACGGGAGCACAAAUCAACGAGGCUGCUUGUGACCUGGCAAGGGAAGUUGCCAACGAAGGGGACGCGCUGGUAGCUGGAGGCGUGUCCCAGACUCCGUCCUACCUGAGCUGCAAGAGCGAGACGGAAGUGAAAGCCAUCUUUAAGAAACAGCUGGACGUGUUUGUCAAAAAGAAUGUGGAUUUCCUGAUUGCUGAGUACUUUGAGCAUGUUGAAGAGGCCGUGUGGGCGGUGGAGGUCCUGAAGGGGUCGGGAAAGCCUGUGGCGGCCACUCUGUGCAUCGGACCUGAGGGAGACAUGCACGGCAACUCACCUGGAGAGUGUGCCGUCAAGCUCGUCAAAGCCGGGGCCCAGAUUGUGGGAGUCAACUGCCACUUUGACCCCCUGACCUGUGUGAAGACUGUCAAGUUGAUGAAGGAGGGAGUGGAAAAGGCCGGGCUGAAGGCUCACUACAUGGUGCAGCCGCUGGCGUUCCAUACUCCCGACUGCAACUGUCAGGGAUUCAUCGAUCUGCCUGAAUUCCCCUUUGCCCUGGAGCCCAGAAUCCUGACCCGCUGGGACAUGCACCAGUACGCCAGGGAGGCCUACAAUGCUGGCAUCCGCUACAUCGGAGGCUGCUGUGGCUACGAGCCUUAUCACAUCAGGGCUGUGUCAGAGGAGCUGGCCCCAGAGAGGGGCUUCCUCCCUGCUGCAUCAGAGAAACAUGGAAUGUGGGGUGCUGGUCUGGAGAUGCACACCAAACCCUGGGUCAGAGCCAGAGCCCGCCGUGAUUACUGGCAGAACCUGAACCCAGCCUCUGGCCGCCCUCUGUGUCCAUCCAUGUCGACCCCAGCCUCCUGGGGUGUUACCAGGGGCCAUGCUGAUCUCAUGCAGCAAAAAGAGGCCACCUCCAAGGACCAACUCAAACAGCUGUUUGACAGGUCAAAGAACCACUGAGUGUUUCCCACCUGAAAGCAGAUGCGAGUGAAGCAGCUGCACGAAGUAGCCAAGCACAAAGUGGUGGACAGUUUUGUAUAAAUCAAGCAGCAAUUUCUAACUUGAGACUGCUCUGCUCUGUACAUCGAUUUCUUGGAGAAAUUUGGCCAGUGUCUCAGGUUAGAAGUUGGCCACGUGUUGAAAAAUGGACCUGUUUGUUUUACAUUAUCCUGGACCAGUUUGUCAAAUGAAAUAAUAUCUAAUAAAACACAAAUUGGUUACUUG